UUCUUAGCCAAAUGUAGCUCGGAUACUUUCACACUUUUCUCAUUUUCACCUGAAUUAUUGCAGUUUGUUAUGGCUGUAGAGAUGAGCUCCACCUGUCCAGGACUUUACUGUGGAAAAACCACCUUUAAUGGAUCCUGUGGGGUCUGUCCCAGAGGCGAGCGAGUGAACAUGGACAAGAUCUGUCAGAAGUGUGAGGAGUCGCCGGAGCUGUACGACUGCUUGUAUCUGGGCUUCAUGGCCAUGCUGCCCCUCGUCCUGCACUGGUUCUUCAUCGAGUGGUACUCGGGCAAGAAAAGCUCCAGCGCAGUGCUGCAGCACGUGACGGCGCUGUGCGAGUGCAGUACGGCGGCGGUGGUCACCCUGCUCCUGAACGAGCCCGUGGGUUCCUUCUCCAUCCGCUCGUGCCGGGUGCAGAUGCUCUCCGACUGGUACACCAUGCUCUACAACCCCAGUCCCGACUACGUCACCACCCUGCACUGCACCCAGGAGGCCGUCUACCCGCUGUACACCAUAGUGCUGAUCUAUUACGCCUUCUGCCUGGUGCUGAUGAUGCUCCUGCGGCCGCUGCUGGUUAAGAAGAUCGCGUGCGGUCUGGGGAAGACGGAUCGAUUCAAGAGCAUCUACGCGGCGCUCUACUUCUUCCCCAUCCUCACCGUCCUGCAGGCGGUGGGCGGAGGAUUACUCUAUUACGCCUUCCCCUACAUCAUCCUGGUGCUGUCGCUGGUCACGCUGGCCGUCUACAUGUCAGCUUCGAAUAUACAGUCGUUUAAGGACCUGGUGGCUAAGAAGAAGCGUCUGGUGGUGCUCUUCAGCCACUGGCUCCUCCACGCCUACGGGAUCAUCUCCAUCUCCCGCCUGGACAAGCUGAGCCAGGAUCUGCCCCUGCUGGCCCUGGUCCCUGGACCCGCUCUCUUCUACCUGCUGACCGCACGCUUCACCGAACCCAACCGCAUCGUAUCAGAGGGAGGGAACGGGCACUGAACGCCCGGGGACGGUCAUCGUCCGGCCCGCUAAUAUUUAACUAUGCUUAAUUAUUCAAAAGUAUGUGGCCACCUGAGCAUGAACUGGAUUCGAGACGUCGCCUCACUUUCUUUUUUCAGCCGCGUCAAGUUCUAGAGUGUGUGUGUGGGAAUUUGUGCCCGUUCGCAUGUAGUUAACUGUUUCUCCACACCGUUUCUUCACUUGUGUCCAUGUACUUCUGGCCACACGGCGCACACACAUAUAUAUAUAAUAAACAUUACAGGUCAGGGUUCGACUCUGCUCAUGGCAUCGACUGACCCCGGGGUGGUGUGGCGCCUCGUUACCGCUGGAACAGAGGUCCUGACGUAAGGGUGGAGGAACACUAGAGCACAGCGUGUUCCUCUGCACGUGUUACGGCUGAACCACGGUGGAAGGAAAAACCCGUCGUCCUCAUACGUGCCACGCUGGCGUGCAUGAUGCAAGGGUUGAGAACGCAGCGGUGGAAAUUGGAUAUGUCUAAAUUCAGGUAGUAUCUACCAGUGAAUACAGUGAUGAGCCAAAACAUUAGAACCCCCCAGAAACUGGAUCUAUUAGACGUCAGGCUGAUGGAGGUUCCUCAUAGUUCACGUGUUGAACAGGACCGGUUUGUUAGCAAGGGGUGUCGCAGGCGGGUGUGGCGAGUCCCCACCCACGGUAGACGUGAAGGUUGUGGCAUCAGGAACAGACCAACAGAAGAUUGUGGAUCCAACUGCUGAUGAUUUUAAUCCCAGUGAUCACAUGGUGCAUCCAACCCUUCUGUGCCAGUCAGAGUGCCCAUGCAACCUUUUCGACGGGAUGCCAACGUCCUGGUACCUAAUGGUCCUAAUGUUUUGGCUCAUCUGUGUUGUAAAUGUUGUAAAUGUUUAUAUUGAUGGAUGUGGAAGUGCAGCAGGUCUGUGACUGACUGAUUUCGUUUGUUCUACAUGAGUGACUUUUAUAAAUGCCUGAAUCACGUGUAAAUGUCAUUAAAUGUGGUGAAGAAUUUAAAUGUAAUAAUAUUUAGCUGAGCACAUUCCAGGAUGUAUAUUUAAUAAAUAAAUGCAUGUUAUAAAACGUGUGUAUAAGAAUAAAACAUAUACAGAGCAGCGGUACGGGCACUGUGGAAGCACACUGGUACAGGGUUCAGUAUAAAACACCCUCAGUACUGACCCACAGUGACCUCUGCUCCUCAUGUUCACAUAAACCACAAUCUAAUAAACGACUGCUUUAAAAUCA